AUCUCAUCAAACAUCUAAAAUCUAAAACAUCUGAGACACAAAAUAAUUCGAACGUUAGAACACACAAGUAAUAUGUCUUGUACCGUUGCACGCUCACCGGUUUUUUCGCCGUCAUCAGCCUCGUCCCUGGCCCACUUCUGCAAACCAACUUCUCUCGCCUCCUCGCCGGAAAAGCUGACGCUGACUCACUCCCCGUCGAAGCUCCGGAAGCCGCCGAGUGGGCUGAUUAGGGCUUCUAACGACACCGUUUCGAGCGGGUCUGUAGCGACUUCUUCGCCGACUUUUUCGAAGCGGAAGAGGCCGGCCAAGCUGGAUAUUCCGGUGGCGAAUUUGAGCUUUGGGUUUGAUGUGGACACGCCGAGGGCGGCGGAGGAGAGGAGGAGAGAGGCGGUGGAGGUGGAGGGAGAUGGCUAUUCUGUUUAUUGUAAACGAGGGAGGAGAGAAUUCAUGGAGGAUCGUUACUCUGCUAAGCUCAACAUUCAUGAAGAUUCUAAACAGGCUAUGUUUGGUAUUUAUGAUGGACAUGGAGGUGCAAAGGCUGCUGAGUUUGCAGCUUCGAAUUUGGAUAAGAAUGUGAUUGAUCAAGUAGGGAAAAUGGCUGAUCAAGAUAUCGAGGCAGCUGUCAAGCGCGGGUAUUUGAUGACUGAUUCAGAGUUUCUCAAGGAGGGUUCUCAAGGGGGAUCGUGUUGUGUUACUGCAUUGAUCAGGAAGGGGGAGCUUGUGGUUUCAAAUGCCGGGGACUGCCGUGCUGUUGUUAGCAGAAAUGGAGUUGGGGAGGCACUUACAUCAGAUCACCGGCCUUCAAGGCAGGAUGAAAAAAGUAGAAUCGAGGCACUGGGUGGUUAUGUAGAUUGUGGUCGCGCAGGGGUUUGGAGAAUUCAAGGAUCUUUGGCCGUGUCUAGGGGAAUUGGAGAUCAACACCUAAAGCAAUGGGUGACAGCUGAACCAGAAACGAAGAUCGUUGCAAUUGAACCUGAUUUUGAGUUCUUGAUCCUUGCUUCUGAUGGUUUAUGGGAUAAGGUUAGUAAUCAGGAAGCAGUGAAUGCGGUUCGUUCUAAUGGUGAAGGCAUAGAUAAGCUUGAAGGAGUUGCUGUGUGUAAAAAGCUGGCAGAACUAUCUGUUUCGCGAGGCUCCCUUGAUGACAUCAGUGUUAUGCUGAUUCCAUUGAGACAAUUUUGUUGAUAGUCUGGAGUUUGUCUGACAGAGUGACUUAACAUUAGCAUAUCAGGAAAUUUACAUAGCGACUAUAUUGUUGAUUUCAUCUAGAGCGUAGUUAAAUCUUAGGAAAAAAGAAUAAUUAGCGGCUCAGCUGAACACAUUGUUUCAUUCUUUAUACAUCAUUCAUUAAUUCUUUAAUUCUUGGUUCUGAUACAGUUAUGAUUUCACAGUUCUGAAACAAUGAUAUAUUUAUGAAUUCACAUGAUAUCUAAAGACUUUGUACUGA